AUGGUGGAAUUCAGUUUGUUGGUGUUGUCUGCACCUGCAAAGGUGAUUUUGCAUGGUGAACAUUCUGUGGUGUAUGGCAAGGUAAGGUUGUGAUAGAGAUGGAUCACCCAUCAUAUGUAUUUAUCCUUGUUUACAAAUGUCACAAUUAUUUUUAGGUUUCUCUUGCAGCAAGUGUUGAUCUGAGGACAACCUUGACCUGGGAGACGCUAACUAAUGACACAGUGGAACUACAUUUGCAUGAUCUUGGAUUUUCCACGUCAUGGACAACCAAACAAAUCAAGGCAGUUCAGCUUUCCCCAAGUGGUUGGUGUAAAAUUGGAUCAAUGAAUGGGUUGUUCCAAUUGAAAUGAAUAUAGAACUGGAACACUAUCUCCAACCAGAAAUUUGAAGCCAAACUUGAAGGCCAUUCCCAGUCUUUUCACGCAUUGGUAGAGCGCUCAAUUGAUCAAUCAUGAUAUAGAUCAUGCUCAAUUGAUCAAUCAUGAUAAAAAUCAUGCUCAAUUGGUCAAUCAUGAUAUAAAUUGUGUUCAAUCGGUCAAUUAUGAUAUAAAUAGCAUUCCAGUUAUAUUAAUUUCAAUAGUCGUUCCAGAGAUCACCCCCCCCCCCCCCCCCUUAAGGAAAUUCUGCCUUCCGGAAGGGAAGGGGAGAAAAAUUUGUUUCUGAUAAUAGUAAGUGUAUUAUAGGACAUCCAAGGGGGGGGGGGGGGGUUAACUUCCAAUUUCCAGGUAUGGCUGUCUUCUGGAAUGAGCAUUAAAUCUCUUCAGAUCAAUGUCAUGUGACUGAUUGACUGACCAUUUAUUGGACUGACUGUCAGAAUCACCAACCAAAUUAAUCACUGUGCAUCUUGUGACCAACACAUGGCAGGCUGAUCUAUACUAUAAUUUUGUUUUUUUAACCCAGUUGAUAUUGAUGCUUUCAAAAUAUUUCUUGGUACUCAAGAUGUAUCAGACGUUGCUGUCACAGCUGCUUGGGCAUUUGUUUAUCUCUAUCGGUCUAUUUAUGGUGAGAGGUACGUGUGAUGCCUUGUGAUUCCUAAUUUGCAAAACAUAAUGACAAAUUGCACAAAUAACAAACUGGUUAUCUGUCCAAUGUAUUAAAAUUGCACAGUCUAUACCUUCUACUAGCAACAAUCCCCUUUUGUAGCUGGAAAUAUUAGUUCUUUAAACUUUUUCUCCUUAAAUUUCAUUCAAUAUAAAGCUUAACUAUCAUUUGAAGGCUUUCAGAAAUCUGGGGGUUGCCCCCCCCUGAUGCCCCUAGUGCCACUACAUAUGAAAUAGGUGCACCCCUAGUGCCACUACAUAUGAAGUAGGUGCAUUAGGACAGUUUGCAACUUAACUUAAUGGUUUAAAAGUAGUUGUAAUUUUUAAUUUUUUUUUUAAAUAUUUUCAUAGUUUGGUUCCUGGGAAAUUUACAUUAAAAUCUGACAUUCCAGUUGGGGCUGGUCUGGGAUCAUCUGCCUCGUACUGCACAGUACUGGCAACAUCAAUGCUGAUCACCUCGGGGGUGUUUGAACCUGAGGCCAUUGCUAGGUCAGAGGCACAGUCUAAUGAAAGCAAAAUGUCGAGAGAUGAAUGUCUCAGAAUGAUCAGUAACUGGGCGUAUGAAGCUGAAACAAUUAUUCAUGGAAAACCAUCAGGGAUUGAUAACACUGUCAGUACGUUUGGUGAGUACAUUUAGAGUACAUGGUUUGUGGCUGCACUACCUGAAAAAGAACAAAAGCAUGUGACAUGUUGACAGACGUGUUUCAUUUGGAGGGCAGUGUUUCCUGCAUCAGUAACGAUCGAUGGGAAAUUCACAUAGUUCAGAUACGAACCACAGCAGCUUUGUUUGAAAAUAUUGAACCCUAGUAUUGAUAUCAAAAUGCUGUCCCAGUUCUCUUUAUAAAACCCAUCAAACCACAAUAUCAUUAAAGGAAACUCCACCCUAUCAAUGAACAUCUUAUUAUAGGUGGAUUUUUGCAAUUCCAAGCUGGACAACUGGAAAAUAUUAAAAGGUCGGGAUUUGAGUUGUUAUGAAUCAAGCAAACAGCACAAUAUAUGAGAUAUUUACUAAUGGAAAAUGACGUAUUCCUAUUUCAAUUUAGUGUUCCUGAGUUAAACAUAUUUCUUAUCAACACCAAUGUUCCACGAAGUACCAAGACAAUGGUUGCUGGCUUGAGAUGCAGAUAUGAAGAGGUACAGAUUAGAUACAUACAGAGCUGGAACUGGCCGUCGUAAAGACUGCGGAAACUUAUGUUUUCAUGUACCCACUUUUUCAGGCGACCAUGAUCAACUGUGCAUGCUCGGCAAGUUCCGCAAGCAGUUAAAGUGAGCCACCAUCCAAUGGAUGCAUGCAUCUAGUAACUUGCUGAGCACAUGCACAAAAAAGUGGGUACACUAGUUAUAACUCUGGUAUAUGUAUCUACUCUGUGGCACUGGGUUGAGGUGUGUGUCGUUGUAUGUGGCCAAGCCAGGAAUCAACAAAGUACAAACUAGGUUUUCACAAAUUAUUAUUAAAUAUUUUGCUAGAUGCCAAAGGUGUAUGAUCAUCUGUUCAGUGCUAUCAACGAGAUUUCGGUUGAAUGUAGACAAAUUUUGGAACAUCUAGGUGAACAGGACGCUACCAAAAUAAAAGGUAAUCAUGUAUUAAUUUUGCAUUUUGGUUACGCAUGAUUCCGUUCAGUCAUUACGUUUUUAGUCUACUAUUCUUGCUUAUUGUUUAUUGUCAGACCUCAAAGAAGACAGUGAUGAAUUUCUUAGACUUGAGGUAAUUAAAUCCAAGUUUAAUUUGUUUCAAAUUUCCCCUCAAUGUGAAACUAAUCACUUUCCACUUCGUUUAGAAAUUGAUAGAUUUAAACCAGGACAUUCUGCGCACGGUUGGUGUGAGUCAUUCGACAAUUGAUAAAGUUUGCGAGACAACCAUGACUUAUGGAUUUCACUCAAAGUUGACUGGAGCUGGAGGCGGAGGCUGUGUUAUCACUUUAUUGAAACAAGGUAUGGUAUAACUAUAAGUCUGGGUAAGUUUAAAACUACAGGACGGAAUGAAUUUUGAAACCGCACACAAAUUUAGACGAUUUCGGCUCGUGCGAUACAAGUCGUGUGUCGUGAACUAUAAAAUCGUGGGUAAAGUCGUGGCUCGUAAAAUGAUGCGCUAAAAUCGCGAAAGUUAACCAAAAGUUAACCAUAAGUUAACUAUAAAUGGGGGUGGAAGUUUGUGGUCAUUCGAUAAAAGGCAAACAUUUUAUCUCAGCGUUUGUAGUUAUUCGAUUGAAUUGAACCGGCUAUGACCAUUUUGAAUUUUGCGAUAGAAUAGUACGGUAAAAAAAGUUUUGGCCUUUGGGCCAUUUGCCAAUCGAGCUUGAUGCCAUAGGAAGACAUUCUCUCAUAAACAAAAGCUUCGGAUAUGUGCAUCUACGUCGAUUCCGACAGAAGUCGAGGAAGAGUUUACCCUGGGCCUGGAUCAGGCUGAACCUUCAGCCUCCACAGAAGGAAACCGGAAGGUCCCGGAGAAGACUCGCUGUGUUUUAUAGAGUCAAACUGGAAACACACUUCUCACCGACAUGCAACUGGGCAUCAACUAUUUCGCUGACCUCAGAAUGACAUUUCGUCAAAGCUUUUUUCUUCAAGAUUGGUUUAGAAACAAAUUUGGAGUAGGGUUAGGUUAGGGUAAGGGUUAUGGUUAGAGUUGGUGUUUGGAGUAGGGUUAGUGUUAGUAAAACCGUUGCUUUGUUACGUUUUGUCACUUUGAGGCCAGCGAAAUAAUCUCUUCCAUGCAACUGGGUUGAAAAACUCGAACCACGAAGAGUCUUCUUCGAAACUCCGAAGUGUUUUCAAUUUUCUUCAAGUAUUUCAGACAUAAACCGUGCCGGGUUUUAAUUUUUAAUUGUCCUUCACCUUUUUGCUCUCUAUUUUGAAGAUGUGAAGUCAGAAACCGUGGACAAGCUAAGCAAGGAAUUAAAGGAGCUUGGAUGUGAUUGUUGGAGAACAAAAUUGGGAGGAGAGGGAGUCGCGGUACACAACUGGACCAGUAGAUAA